CGCGCAGAAAAAAAAACCCGAUUACGCGUUAUAACGCCCAUGCUCUGAGAUGAAAAAAAAAUAGAGAGGACUGUGUCGUCAAAGCGUGGCAACGUGCAGAUAGACGUGUGCCACUAUCAUAUAUAAGACGCGCAGAGCGAAGAGAGAGCCAGCGAGCCCUGAACAUUUAACGGAACGACUGAUAAGCGAUUGUAGAGGACAAGAUAGAUACAAUUUGUGACAGCCCACGAAUUACGGUUUAUUGCAUAAAAGUCGAACUUUAAAACAUACUGCUCCGUGUGAAACUCUAGAGAAACUCAAAGAGAAACACCUUAAUUCGUCGUGCGUAAUUGCAGCAUCGGAUCAUUGGAGGACCUCUGGUGCAGCAUCAAAGAUGGAGAAAAUUGAAGGGGACAAGAAAAAGCAGGUGACCUGUUAUUUGCUGUUCUCUGUGGCCACAGCCGUCAUCGGUUCCCUGCAGUUUGGCUACAACACUGGGGUCAUCAAUGCUCCUGAAAAGAAACUGCGUUCCUUCUUCAAUGAGACGUGGAUUAACCGGUAUGGAGAGCCUAUAUCCACAGACCUGUGUACCUUCAUUUGGAGUUUUGCUGUGGCCGUCUUCAGCGUGGGGGGAAUGGUGGGAUCAUUCAGCGUCGGGGUCAUGGUCAACAGAUUCGGGAGGCGUAAGUCUAUGCUGCUGGUGAACGUCUUGGCCCUGAUUGGUGGAGCCCUGAUGGGACUCUCGACGGUCUGCCAGUCCUUUGAGAUGGUGAUCGCAGGACGCCUGGUGAUCGGCCUGUUCUGUGGCCUCUGCACUGGCCUGACCCCUAUGUACGUGGGAGAGCUUGCGCCCACUGCCCUCCGGGGGGCUUUUGGGACCCUGCACCAGCUUGGCGUGGUGUUGGGCAUCCUGGUGGCACAGAUCUUCGGCCUGGAGUCCCUGCUGGGCUCAGCAACCCUGUGGCCCCUGCUUCUGGCACUGACUGCCAUCCCAGCGGUCCUUCAGAGCAUCAUGCUGCCAUUCUGCCCUGAGAGCCCACGCUACCUUCUCAUUAACUUGAACCAAGAGGAGCAGGCCCGCAAAGCGCUGGUGCGGCUGCGAGGCUCUGAGGAUGUGAGUGAAGACCUGCAGGAGAUGAAGGAGGAGAGCAUGAAGCUGGCCAUGGAGAAGAAGGUGACCAUCCCCGAGCUGUUCCGCACCCCAGCGUACCGCCAGCCCAUCAUCAUCGCCAUCGUCCUCCAGCUCUCCCAGCAGCUCUCGGGAAUCAACGCGGUCUUCUAUUACUCCACAGGCAUGUUUCAAACUGCCGGUGUAACCAAACCCAUCUACGCCACUAUUGGAGCUGGAGUGGUUAACACUGUUUUUACAGUGGUGUCUCUCUUCCUGGUGGAGAGGGCGGGACGAAGGACACUACACCUCAUUGGAUUGGCUGGAAUGGCUGUCAGUGCCCUAAUGAUGACUAUCUCCCUCCUGUUAGUGAAAGACACUCCGUCUAUGAGUUACAUGGCCAUCGUGGCAGUGUUCGGGUUUGUGGCCAUGUUUGAGAUGGGUCCUGGCCCCAUCCCCUGGUUCAUCGUGGCCGAGCUCUUCGCCCAGGGCCCACGUCCCGCUGCCAUUGCUGUCGCCGGCUGCUCCAACUGGACCGCUAACUUCCUGGUCGGCCUCAGUUUCCCCAAACUAGUGGAGUGGUGCGGUGCCUAUGUCUUCAUCAUCUUUGUGGUCUUCCUCAUCCUCUUCUUCAUCUUUACCUACUUCCGCGUUCCUGAAACCAAGGGGCGGACUUUCGAAGACAUUGCCCGGGGUUUUUCUGGAACCGCCUCCAGCCCCACCCAAGCCCCGACCUCUGAGGGAGUGGUCACCUUGCCGGUCUCGCCCACCACGGAGAAAGUUCCCAUGGUAGAAUUCACAGCGGAGGACAAAGCAAAUGGACCUACUUCUAACGCGUAGGCAGUGCACAGAAGUCAUAUGGGAUACAUGUAUAAAUCAGGUGUUUACUUUAGGCGAGGGUGGUGGAUAUAUUUAUGGAGAAUGUAUGCGGGAAGUAGUUCGGUUAGAGUCAGUUAUACAGAGAAAUAGUUUGAUAUAUUGGUAUGGGAAUUGUAAUUGAAAUACUUUGUGGUUAAUGUCCAGGAUGGGUUGGAGUUUGAGGUGAAUGUGUUUUUGUUUGUGCUCCUUCUCAGUGUCUGUCAUUUGAGUAUUGUUUCCAUUGUGAAGGUCUAAAGGGAAUUUGUUUCUAAAAUGCUUUCAAGGUGUUAAUUAAGUUAAUUAAUUAGCAAGCCUAACUAGCUUCAGCAAUGCCAAAAUACACAUUUUUUAGUACUUGGGAAUCAAACUGUAUAAAUGACUGCAUUUCUGCAAAUCACUUUAUAAGUGUUUUAUGCGCAGAUAAAAUUUUUACAAGAGUAUUACCAUUUUAAAGGACAUAGGGACUGAAUUUCAUACAUUUGAUAUGUUAUUUAAUACUGUGGGUAUUCUACUUGAUCGACAGUGUUAGGAGGGGGAAAACUGCUUUCUUUUCAGUAUUUUUAAAGACAUUUUCAAUUUCCCACCUGCAAAAAAUUUAAAUCUUUAUCACCACAUUGCUCCUCACAGAGGAGUAAUCCUGCCUUGUUACAGAGAAAACUUUAAGUUCACAUUCAUGUUUCUUUGUCAGUAAAAUGACAGUGGGAGUAAGUUCAAAUUCAAACAGCCAUGUGUGCGUUGUGGAGACCUCCACAAAGCCAAUGAUUUCAUUUUAUGACCACUACAUACUAAAUAACAUAUCAAAACACAGAUUUAUGUUUUCUGUUUGAACAAACCUGUAUGUGUGUGUGUGUGUGUGUGCGUGCGUGCGU